AUGAAAGUCAUCACUUGCGAGAUCGCCUGGCACAACAAGGAGCCGGUGUACAGCCUGGACUUCCAGUAUGGAGCCGCCGGGAGGAUCCACCGGCUGGCCUCCGCGGGGGUGGACACGGCUGUCAGGAUCUGGAAGGUAGAAAAAGGACCAGAUGGAAAGGCCAUUGUUGAAUUUUUGUCCAAUCUUGCUCGUCAUACCAAAGCGGUCAAUGUCGUACGUUUUUCUCCAAAUGGGGAAAUUUUAGCAUCAGGAGGGGACGAUGCUGUCAUUCUGCUCUGGAAGGUGAAUGAUAACAAGGAGCCGGAACAGGUUGCUUUUCAGGAUGAGGAUGAGGCUCAGCUGAACAAGGAGAAUUGGACUGUCGUAAAAACCCUGAGGGGCCACUUAGAAGACGUGUAUGAUAUUUGCUGGGCAACUGACGGGAAUUUAAUGGCUUCUGCCUCUGUGGACAACACGGCCAUCAUGUGGGACGUUAGUAAAGGCCAGAAGAUCUCAAUUUUUAAUGAACAUAAAAGUUAUGUACAAGGAGUAACCUGGGAUCCUUUGGGUCAAUAUGUUGCUACCCUGAGCUGUGACAGGAUCCUGAGGGUGUACAGCACGCAGAAGAAACGUGUGGCUUUUAACGUCUCAAAGAUGCUGUCUGGAGUGGGGGCCGAAGGAGAGGCGAGAAGUUACCGGAUGUUCCACGAUGACAGCAUGAAGUCGUUCUUCCGUAGACUGAGUUUCACUCCUGAUGGAUCUUUGCUUCUCACACCAGCUGGGUGCGUGGAAUCCGGUGAAAAUGUAACGAACACGACUUACGUAUUCUCCAGGAAAAAUCUUAAAAGGCCCAUCGCCCACCUCCCGUGUCCUGCGAAGGCGACGCUCGCUGUCCGCUGCUGCCCCGUCUACUUCGAGCUGAGGCCGGUGCCAGAAGCAGGUGUGUUAAGUGACCGGGGCGGGGAGGGAAGAGAACCGGUCAUGGAGCUGGUAAGCCUGCCGUACCGCCUGGUGUUCGCUGUGGCUUCCGAGGACUCGGUGCUUCUGUAUGACACCCAGCAGCUGUUCCCAUUCGGCUACGUGUCCAACAUCCAUUACCACACCCUGAGUGAUAUUUCCUGGUCCAGCGAUGGGGCCUUCCUGGCCAUCUCUUCCACGGACGGUUAUUGCUCCUUUGUGACGUUCGAGAAAGAUGAGCUGGGAAUCCCCCUGAAAGAGAAGCCGGUUCUGAGCGUGCGAACUCCUGAUACAGCGAAGAAAACCAAGGGUCAGACCCCCUCUGGGUCUUCGCCAGGACCCAGGCCGGGGGAGGGGACCCCCACCAGCAGAAUCCAGGACCCCAGCAGCCCCUCCGCCACCCCCCCGCAGGCGAAACAGUCUCCGGGCCCCCCAGCGGCCAAGGACACCCCCGCGGCCGCGCUUGGUGCCAGAGGCUCCCCAGCAGGGCCCCCCAAGGAGAAGCCCCUGCAGCCCAGCGGCCAGAACGCCAAGGCCCAGCCGUCCCGGAGGGUCACGCUGAACACCCUGCAGGCCUGGAGCAAGCCCACACCCCGGAGAAUAAACUUAAUACCCUUAAAGACAGAUUCUCCACUGAACUCCAUAUCAACCCCUAUAACUUCCAGCCCUUCCACAGAGGAAAUUCCAUCAGCCUCAGAGACGCCUGCAGACCCUCAGGUCAGCCCCCCGGAACUGAAGCGGCCCCGACUUGGUGAGCAUAGAGAAGGACCCCGAGUCACAGACCCUCGAUGAGACCUGUCCUGUGCCUGAAGUUGGCUAGCUCUGGGGCCCGCAGGUGCCAGCGAGAGGUGGGCCUGAAGGCAGCU